AUGGUGGCAGAAGAGUGGUGGCUGGGCCAGUCUGAUCUGAGCAAGGCAUCAAUAAACUUUUUUAUUUUCCCGCCAGACAAAGAGCAGCAGGAAGCAAUUGAACAUAUUGAUGAAGUACAGAAUGAAAUAGACAGACUGAACGAACAAGCCAGUGAGGAAAUUUUAAAAGUAGAACAGAAAUACAACAAACUCCGCCAACCAUUUUUCCAGAAGAGGUCAGAAUUGAUCGCCAAAAUCCCCAACUUUUGGGUAACAACAUUUGUCAACCACCCACAAGUAUCUGCACUGCUGGGAGAGGAAGAUGAAGAAGCCUUGCAUUAUUUGAUCAGAGUGGAGGUGACGGAGUUUGAGGACAUCAAAUCAGGUUACAGAAUAGAUUUUUAUUUUGAUGAGAAUCCCUAUUUUGAAAACAAGAUGCUCUCCAAAGAGUUUCAUCUGAACGAAAGUGGAGACCCCUCAUCCAAGUCCAGCGAAAUCAAAUGGAAGUCUGGGAAGGACCUGACAAAGCGCUCCGGCCAGACGCAGAACAAGGCCAGCAGAAAGAGGCAGCAUGAAGAACCGGAGAGCUUCUUCACCUGGUUUACUGACCACUCCGAUGCGGGGGCCGAUGAACUAGGGGAGGUCAUCAAGGACGACAUCUGGCCCAACCCUCUGCAGUACUACCUGGUGCCCGAUAUGGACGAUGAAGAAGGUGAGGGAGAAGAGGAUGACGACGACGACGAAGAGGAGGAAGGCCUGGAGGACAUCGAUGAGGAAGGUGAUGAAGAUGAGGGUGAGGAAGAUGAAGAUGAUGAUGAGGGAGAAGAAGGAGAGGAGGAUGAAGGAGAAGAUGACUGAACACUGACAGAUUCCAACCACAGUCCAUCCUUCCUUUUCCCUCCACCAGUCCCUGGGAGCAAAUUGCUGUCUUAUUCCUCCCCGCCCUUCCCCUCUCCCCUCCCUGCCCUCUUGUGCUCAGUCGCAUUGUUCUCCCGAGGUCUUUUCUUUCUUUUCUCCUCUUCACCAUGGUUCACAAAAUAAUUUUUUUGGAGAAAAAAAUAUCUUGAGCAGAAUGCAGUGGAAGAUGAAUCUCGACCCAUUUCAAUUUUUUUAAAUCCCUGUUUUUUGAAACGAAAAAGGAAAAAGAAAAAAAAAACUGUCAGUGCAGGCAUCAGUGCACUGUGUUCUGUGGGGAAGACCGAGAACCGUCUGCUCCAGCUGGAGGCUGCAGAGUGCUAGGCCCCCUGUGUGGUAGUGCAUAGAAUCUAGCUUUUCCCUUCUCUCUCUCUCUCUCUCUCUGUAUAUUGGGUUCAGAGAUUACACUGUGUCUCUAUGUGAAUAUGGACAGUUAGCAUCUACCAACAUGUAUCUGUCUAUUUCUCUUGUUUAAAAAAAAUACGAAAAAGCUAAAAAAAAAUAAGGGGGAGGGGGUUAUAGACAGGGUAAGCAAAGGGUGGGUUUCAGAUGUUGGGGUGGGUUAAAUGGGCAUUUUGACAAAACAUGGCUUCUUCUCCUUUUGGCAUGUUUAAUCGUGAUGUUUUAACAAACAUCUUUGCAGUUUAAGAUGACACUUUAAAAAAGAAAUUAUAAAUUCUCUCCUAAUGAUUACAGUUCAGCCCUUCCACUUGACGGAGAAUCAGCCGACCCCUCCCCCCCCUGUAGGAUCUUAUUUGGAAUUUACAUUCUCUACUGUAAUUUUGUUCCUUGCUUUGGUUUAUUUUUUCCAACUUUUUUUUUUGUUUCACUGGAAAAAGAAAGAUGCUCAGUUUUAAACGUUAAAACGUGUACAAGUUGCUUUGUUACAAUAAAACUUAAUGUGUACACAAGGGGGCUGAUGGUCUUCACUAAACAAAGCCUGCUUUGGGCCCAUCCUGAUAACGAAUUUGGUGUUUCGGCAUGCCACUAGUGCAAAAUACAUCCCAAGGGCCAAAAUUAAAGGCCAAAAUGUUGGUUGUGCAAGCAGCCCCCCUUCCCCUCAAUCUGUCCAGGGCUGGUGGGCUCCGUGUUCAGGCUAAACCAUCAUUCCUUCCAUUUGUUUUUUUUCCCCAUUUGUGAAUUCUGAUUGGCUGUUUUCUCUGGGGUGGAAAAGACCUGGCGGCCCCCGUAUAAAUUGGCAACCAAACUAACUGAAGCUGAACUGGGCUGGUUUUCCAAACCCGAAUUCUGGGGAGGUGAAGAUUCUUUUGAGGUAUCCUAGAGUGAUGCUUUUAAAUUUUAAUUCAAUGUAGGAAGAAUUAUGUAACUUCAUCUGUUGAUAUCAAUAAAGAUCACCACUGGAUUGGUC